UUACCAAAUGCGCCUUAGAUGAAACUAAUUUGCAAUAUCUUAGCAUAAGAAAACCUUUUCUAAACAUGAAACAAAACUCGUAUCUAUAUAUAACAUGCCACAAGUGCUUGCCACACACAAACACACACCGACCCAGCUCGUUAGCUGCGCUACCCAAUUUAUUGUAGCCUCUAUGUAUAUGCAAUACACUUACACGAAACACACAUACAUUUACACCAAUUGCAACUUCUUUACCCUACACGAAGAGCUCCUGACCUCCGCCGACAUUGAGGAUGGCAAAAUUGAGUAUGACAAGGCGACCGGUGCCAGCACCCAGUAUAAACUGAUCGAUGGCGGCUACGAGGUGAUCACCACGACGCCGCAGCCGAAUGGCACGGUCAAGACCCAAGUGAAAACGUUCUGGGACCCGAAGCCCGUCAGCGAGGAGGACUUGGCCAAGGAGCAGGCCAACAAGAAGAUCAUCAAGCAGCGCCUGGGCAAGGAAAUACGCAUCGAUGACAAGACCACCAUGCUGACUCGCGCCAUCGAGGGCGGCUACGAGGAGGUCUACACCACCAUCAACGAGGAUGGCUCGCGCAGCAUGCGUACCAAGACCUUCUAUGAUUCUGUGCCCACGGAAGUCAAUGAGAACACCACCACCAAGGUGAACAAGACCAAGAAGAAUGUCACCCGCAAGUCGUCGGUGGACUCGACCGACUCGACGGAGUCCUCAUCGCGCCGCAUUGUGCAGAAGGUGCAGAAGAAUGUCAAUGACUCGCAGUCCAACUAUCGUGAGGACACCACCAUUGAGGAGACGCGUCGCGUGAGCCAGAACAUUGAGAUCACCGAGAACAAUCGCACCGUGCGCAAGAACUCGCUGCAGGAGCAGAGCAUCAAGUCCGUCACCCAGAGCAGUGGUGAUGGCGGCAAGAAGAAGAAGAAGCCCAAGUCAUCGGCACCACCACCACCAGCCGACUUUGUGCAGAACGAUACCACAACCGUGGCCUCGAAGCGUGUGCCCGGCGGCGUUGAGUACACCUACUCGACGGAGUUGGAGUCGGGCAAGACGAUCACCACCUCGAAGACCGUUUACGAGGAGGAGGAAGUCGAGCUCACCGAGGAGGAGAUCAAGCAGUACAAGAAGGCCCUAAAGGAUGCUGAGAAGCACAAGAACGUGACCACCACCAAGAAGCUCAAGUCCGAGUCGGGCACCAAGAAGAUUGUGCCCUCCGAGAACCCGGGUGAUGUGACCACUGUGGAGACCAUCAAGAUCGAGGGCGGCACCGAGUAUCACUACACCACCGUCACCGCCGAGGGUAUUGUGAAGAAGGCAGUGAAGACUGUGUACGAUCCGGUGCCCAGCAACAAUCCGAAUGACACCGACGAGGAGGAGAUCAUUGAGGAAUACGAGGAGGAGAUCAUUGAGCCUGGCGAGAAGACGGUCAAGACUAUUGAGACUGUGAAGCAGUUGCCCCAGAAGUUCGAAGAGGAAGUGACCAUCACCCACGAGAAGAAGGAGAAGAAGGUAAAGAAGUCCAUGAUCAUCAGCCAGUAGAGCGCGCUCGGCACAACCAACACUCAGACACGACACACGACACACGACACACGACACACGACACACUCACACACACACACUUCUACACGCGCCAGCUUUUGUAUUCGUUGACAUUUGAAAAGUAUAUUUUUGACCCAGUAAGAUCGGAAAUUAUGAGUACCCCUAAUAUGUAUUUCAGCGCCCAGUUCAGAUAGCUGUCGCUGGUCUUUGUACGCUUCUCGUAAGCUUUGUUAUUAAUUAUUUGGGCAGCUUUCUGUUGCCCUAACGCGAGACGGAAAAUGUCCCUUGUAAAAUGUUUACACAACACUCAAAUUUGUAUUAAAACAUCUGAAAAAUGAAACAAAAUUAUAAAUUUAUUCAAACUAAUUGACAUAAUCAUAGCACACAUUUGUUUAUCAAUAAAUCGUUUUGAGUUAUCAAAAAAAAUAUGAAGAAAA